AUGGAGCAAGAAAUGGGGCUGCGUGGACAGCAGGCGUCAUCGCACCUUGAAGAUAGAUGUGAUGAGGAGGAGGAGGAGCGGCAGCAGUACUCUAGAGAAUUUUUGGAGGAAUACCGUUCCUGGGGGGAAGUGAGCUGCUGUUGGCAGUAUGGACCUAAAAAUGGUGAUGGAUGUGGACACACCGUUCUGGGCCCUGAAAGUGGGACUCUUGCUUCGAUAAACUACCCACAGACCUCUCCCAAUAGCACAGUGUGUGAAUGGGAAAUUCGUGUAAAGCCUGGGCAGCGAGUUCAGCUCAAAUUUGGUGAUUUUGAUAUUGAUGACUCAGAUUCCUGUCAUUCCAGUUACUUAAGAGUUCACAAUGGAAUUGGCCCCACCAGGACAGAGAUAGGAAAAUACUGUGGGUUUGGCUUUCAAAUGGAUGGUUUAAUUACUUCAAAAAGUAAUGAAGUCACAGUACAGUUCAUGAGUGGAACACACACUUCUGGACGUGGAUUUCUUGCAGCUUAUUCAACCACUGACAAAUCAGACCUAAUUACCUGUUUAGACAAUGCAAGUCACUUUUCCGAACCAGAAUUCAAUAAGUAUUGUCCAGCUGGCUGUGUGAUUCCUUUUGCUGAUAUUUCAGGCACUAUUCCCCAUGGAUACAGAGAUUCAUCAUCACUUUGUAUGGCUGGUGUUCACGCAGGCGUUGUGUCAAAUACUCUGGGUGGCCAAAUUAAUGUUGUAAUCAGCAAGGGCAUUCCUUACUAUGAAGGCUCCCUGGCUAACAAUGUCACCUCAAAAGUGGGGCCGUUAUCUACAAGUCUCUUCACGUUUAAGACAAGCGGUUGCUAUGGGACACUGGGGAUGGAAUCUGGGGUAAUCCCUGAUUCCCAGAUCACAGCAUCAUCUGUUCUUGAGUGGUCGGACCAAACAGGACAGGUGAACAUUUGGAAACCUGAAAAUGCCAGACUAAAAAGGGUUGGUCCUCCUUGGGCUGCAUUUAUCAGCGAUGAACAUCAGUGGUUGCAGAUUGACUUGAAUAAAGAAAAGAGAAUAACAGGUAUCAUAACUACUGGAUCAACCUUAGCAGAGUACUACUAUUACGUCUCAGCCUACAGAAUUUUAUACAGUGAUGAUGCACAGAAAUGGACAGUGUACAGAGAACCUGGCAUGGAUAAAGAUAAGAUAUUUCAAGGGAACACUGAAUUGUACCAGGAAGUUCGCAAUAAUUUCAUUCCACCUAUUGUUGCACGCUUUUUUAGGAUUAACCCCUUAAAAUGGCACCAGAAAAUUGCAAUGAAAGUAGAAUUGCUAGGAUGUCAGUUUAGUAUAGGGCGUGCUCCUAAAAUCACCAUGCCACCACCACCGCCUCAGAACAAGAACGACGACAAGAAUGAUGACUUCAGUGAUGACUUCAUUCAUUCAGUGAAGACUUCGUUGCAGACAGAUAAAACAACUUUCACACCUGAAAUAAAAAACACCACAGUGACUCCAAGUGUAACCAAAGAUGUGGCAUUGGCAGCAGUUCUGGUUCCAGUUCUGGUGAUGGUCUUCACUACUCUGAUUCUCAUCUUAGUUUGUGCGUGGCAUUGGAGAAACCGCAAGAAAAAAAGUGAGGGCACUUAUGAUCUGCCUUACUGGGAUCGUGCAGGAUGGUGGAAAGGAAUGAAGCAGUUUCUCCCGACCAAAUCAGCAGAACAUGAAGAAACUCCUGUACGCUACAGCAGCAGUGAAAUUAGUCACCUAAGACCAAGAGAAGUCCCAACAAUGCUGCAAACAGAGUCUGCAGAGUACGCUCAGCCGCUGGUAGGGGGAAUUGUGGGCACGCUUCACCAGAGGUCAACCUUUAAACCCGAGGAAGGGAAAGAAGCAAGUUACGCCGAUUUGGACCCUUACAAUUCACCCAUACAAGAAGUUUACCAUGCUUAUGCUGAACCACUACCUAUAACUGGACCAGAGUAUGCUACUCCAAUAAUCAUGGACAUGUCCAGCCACCCCAGCACACCUCUUGGCGUUCCUUCCAUUUCCACCUUCAAAUCUGCAGGGAAUCAAGUUCCUCCGCUGGUUGGAACUUACAAUAAACUCUUAUCCAGGACAGACAGUACAUCAUCAGCACAGGCGCUGUACGAUACGCCAAAGGGGCAGCUGGGGCCAGGUGCCACCGACGAAUUGGUGUACCAGGUCCCACAGAGCGUGGCCCAUUCCACUGGGAGUAAGGAUGAACUAAGUUAGCUCACGAGGAAGGUAGAAUGAUGGCUUGUUUUUAAAAGCCAGGUCCAUAAAGCUGACAAUUUCAUUUUUUAAUUGCAUUGUUUUGAUAUUGUUAGUCUUAAAUAUUACAACGUUCAACCAAAAGGUCUGGGAAACCAGUAAUUCUGCCUUUCUUUAAGCUGUACAUAUAACUGCAGCUUGUCUCCUGCAAAACCGUGGACGUUUUUAUUACUACUGUACAAUUGUCUGUCAGACAUGAGAGAAGAACUCUUCAAGAUUAGCUUCAGUAAUUCAUAGAUGUGAAUGAUAAAUUGGGAGAAAUAGUUUAAAGUACGAAAGCCAAUAAUUUCUUGCUAAUGGUACUAUUUCUGGGGGGGAAAAAACCCUCAAAACCCAAAGCUCCUAACUUUCUAAGAUCUAUAUGUAAGCACUAUAGCUUCUAAAAUUAAUUUUACCCUAUACAAUGCCUGUACAACUUUGGACUUUAAAAACUACUGUGAGGACUGAUGGCAAAAAUCCCAUUAACUUCAUGGCACAAACCAAUUUUGAUUAGCAAAAUCAGCUAAAUUGGAUUAUUUUGGCUUUUGUUCACAGGCUUAGGAGUCAUCAGCUAUGUGUUCCUCAGAAAGUUCCCACCAUUUUUAUUAGUCUUCCAAAACUAGAAUCUGUUGUCUGUACAAUCUUAUUUUUUGCCUCAUCUCCUUAAGCCACUCAGUCUUGUUCCUCCCUGGGGGUCCAGGAGGCACAGAUUGUCAUACAAGCAAACUGCGUGGCAACUGCUUUUGUCUUACUAAAUGAAGGCUACUCUGAAUAGCCUCUGCCUCAAAUUCAGACUCCCCUGAUGGUCAACGUGCAAGAAGCAUCCAGGUGUUUGAGGUGACUGAAUUCAGAAAGGUUCACCCUGUCCUCCUGUCCUGUCUCUGCCCCUGUCCCCUGGAGUAUCUAUUGUUGUGUGUUAAGAUGUGAGCAUAUACAAAGAGAGAUAUGUAUAUACUUUUGUGAGUGCUUAAGGAAGCACACAAAUAUUCUAAUGGUGCACAGUUUGUGUUAUACACGCAUUAGCACAUAUGGUACGUUUUAGCACAACUGAAAGACUUUAGCCUUAGGGCUUUUCUUAUGAUUGUUCUUAUUAGAAGUGUAAAUGAUUCCAAAAAAUCUUUGCAAGAAAACCAGUACUGUUCCAAAGAAUCUCCAUUUCAGAAAGGUUUAAUGGAAUUUGUAUCCUUUGAAUGUUCCGGUGUUCUCUACUAUGAAAACUUUGCAGUCAGUCUUCUAUUUGGGAUAACGUAGACUAGUUUUAGCUAGAUAAUCAUGAAAUGAAAACAAUCUGGGUGUUGUAUUUGCCAUUUUUUAUCUUGUUAGAAACAAAGCACAGCUCUUUAACCUAAAUAUUAGAAAAAAACCCACAAUAAAAAUGCUUUAUUUUUAUUGCAACAGCACUGUUGGGAGGAUGCUAAAUUAAUUAAUGCAUGUGAACUGCCCCCCACCCACAUAUUAGCCCAGUUUUAUGGACUUCAGUGGUUACUCUUUUUUUCUGUGAUGUGAGUCAAGUCAGCCUCCUUUAUUGCCCAGGAUCCUUAAACUAGGUGGAAAACAUCCAAAUCAAAACUAAAAUAAUGUUCAAGAGGGCUGCCACCAUGUCAGUAUGGUAUGGUAUCCUAACUUACCACUUCAACACUUGUUUGCAUGGGGGCUAUAUGUAAACUCAGUAAUCCAAAAUUACUUAUGGCCUGUUCAACGUCUAGAAUAUAUUAUUAGAUACUUUGUGAUACCUUAAAGCCCAGUUCUACAAUUUUUUGAUUAUUCAUUCUCAUUCAUCGAGAAUUUUUUUUUUAAUUUUUUUUUUUAGCUGGGUGUCUAACCCUAAUUGUGAAUGUAAGUAAGGAAGGUCCAUGUAAGACUUACUCAUGAAAAAGAAAUUCCUGCCUCUAGUUGUACUUUGGAUGUUACUGCAACUUUUUCUGCUUGAUGAAGCUUGCCUGCAAUUUUGUAGUUUUGCUUAAACAGGUAAGUAAGUGUUGGAACCCAGCAGCAGCAACUAUGAGAUUAUUUCAAUCUGAUUUUAACUGAAGGGGUUGGGAGGUUACAUCCUUAUUCCAGCAAAGUUAAGAAACCUCUGCAUUCUCAAACUGAACCAGUUCAGGCUUAGAAAAAUUAAUCUACCAUAAAAAUAAAUGGAUGUCUUCAAGUCAGUAAAAUUAACACUCUUGGAUAUAAUUUUUACUGUUGGCUAGGUAUGGUGGAACUGUGGAUAUACUGUAGGCUAAGAUGGUGUAAGAAUUUUAAGCUUAUUUUUUAAGCUGCGACUGGAAUGGGUGUUUUUAAGAAUUUUAGUCCCUUUUCUGAAAGAAAUUGGUCCCAAGCUGUGCUCCCUGCUUUCAACUUUGAACAUGUUACCUGCUAGGGCUAAGAAGAAAAGUUUGAAUAUGUAACGGUUGGGUUUAAAAUGUACACUUCAAACUGUUAAACACUGAUUCCCAAAUGUGAGUUGCAUGACACACUUAAGAUUAGAAUUCUCCUGUGUACAAUACAAGCAGAGGUACAUUUAAUGGCGCUCUCUUACAUGUGAAGACAUACGGAUAUAAAAUUGUAUUUCAAUCUUGUUUGGCUUGAGUUAUUCUCCCAGAAUGUAUGUUCUUACCUCAGCAUGUAUUGUAGUUGCUCAGUAUUUGUAUAUGUUGCUAGAACUUAGACUGUAUAAAUAGUGAGGAUUUUUUAUAUGUAUGUUAAAAAGUAUUUUAAAUAAAUUGUACAUACGUAUUA